UAACGGUACAGUGAUCAAGAGAUUGAAAAAAUACAUAACAGAAAAUGCCCACUUCUAAAUCACCAUUGAUUAGAGUUUAUCUCUAUUACAUGUACAUGUGCAGGUGGGCCUGACAUUUGAAGGGCGGGCACAAAACACAAAUCCUGCAUGAUUGAGCAAGUGAAUUACCGAUAUCACACGUUACCUACCGCCUGAGAACAAUUUUUGGAGACAACUUUGCUUGUAUCGUUUGCUGAGAGUAUUUAUUAAAAAUCAGUAUUCCUUCGUUCACCUAACAAUAGUAUCAUGCCAAACUGUCCAAAGUGCGACAGACCAGUUUAUUUUGCCGAGAGGGUGACGUCUUUAGGAAAAGACUGGCACAAACCAUGCUUGAAAUGUGAAAAGUGUAACAAGACGUUGACUCCUGGGUCACAUGCUGAGCACGAAGGAAAGCCUUAUUGCAGUAAUCCUUGUUACAGCGCUCUCUUUGGACCAGGAGGUUACGGAAGAGGUUCAACUCAGAGUUAUAAGUACAACUGAAACGUUUAUGUAUUUGGUCCUGAAAAUUUCCAAAAGGCUGAUAGUGUACUUCCAAAACACGGUUUUUUUCUCUCUAAUUUUCUGUUUUUAUUUUGUGAUUGCAGAAGAACAAAGUGUACACCUUGAAGUCUCUUAGUAUGAGAAUAGUAUAAAAAAUUAGAUUAUCUUAAACAUUAAUUUGACAUGUAAUUUGUGGCUCUUUUUAAUUUUAGGUUAGUGAACAAAUUCAUCAGACAACAUUUGCAACGAAGAUUACUGAGUCAUUUUAUUUAACUACUUCUUACUUUAGUCCAUAGGCAAAUUUUUUCUGAAGAAAAGAAAAGAAAUAUUUUCAUAUUAUCUGAAUGAUUUCUAGCUGGGGGUGUGAUUUUUAUUUUAAAACGCUUGAUUUUUAAAUGAAAACAGUUUUAAGAUGGUCUCACUCUUAUUUUGCAUCCUCUCCAAGAGCUCUAACUGUCAAACAAUUGAAAGUGGUACUUACAAAGGUUCACUUUGUUUUCCGUUUCUGCAAACGUUUUACAAAAAUACGUCAAAAACCUCAUUAAGUUACGUCAUUUUACAAUGGUCGAAAUAACUAGUUACUUUAUUAAAUAUUUUGUAAAAUAGUGUAAAACAAUUAUUUACAAUGAUAUAUUUUAUAAUUGCACUUUUAAGAAAUGUUCAGCUGGUAUUAAAGUACUUCCUUCAUAAAUUAUGGUAAUACAACGUGUUGUUUACUCUUGCACAAUGCUAAGAUCAACAAUAACUAAUCUUAUUCGUUUAAUCCUGUGUAUCAUCAUUGAAAUGUAAUAAUGCGUGUUUAGCAGUUCUGUAUAAAAUGUGUUAAUAAAUAUGUACACUGAAAUGCAAGCAUGACGAAAUAAAGAGCAUCUAAAUAGGAACUACACUGAAAA